AUGAUCUCCUCCGCUCGAGAACUCCCACGCGAUGAUCACCAAUUCAUGGAGGAAUUCGCAGUGUGCUUGCGGCACUGUGGCGAUACCAGCGAUCUCGUUGCUGCUCGCGAGACCCAUGCCAGGAUUCUCAAGAGCAAGCAUCGAAGGAGCGUCUAUCUUGCGAACUUGAUGGUCCAGAUGUAUGGGAAAUGUGGCUGCGUCGAGGAUGCGCGCGCGGUGUUCCGAUCAAUCGAUCAGCCCAACGCCUUCUCUUGGAACAUCUUGAUUCAUGCUUUUGCCUCGAAUGGGUAUCUGCUGGAAGCGAGACAAACUUUCAAUGCUAUGCAACAUCAUACACCAGUUUCAUGGAAUUCGAUCAUAGCGGCUUAUAGUGCUGCUGGGGAGACGUUACAAGCGAAUGCCCUUUACGAGAAAAUGCCAGUGAAGACCAUCGAAGCGAAGAACACGAUGAUCGCAGCUUUUGCCCGGAAUGGGCAAGUUGACAAAGCAACUGAAGUGUUCAACACAAUCGCGCGGCCCAAUGCAGUUUCUUGGAACACGCUCUUGCGCGGUCUCGCGGAUGCCGGGCAGAUCGACGCUGCUCGUGAGAUUUUUGAGCGAAUUCCGGCCAAGGAUGUGAUCUCUUGGACCGUGAUGCUCAUCGCGAUUGCCAAGGAGGGCGAUUUGCCGGGUGCUCGAAGAUUGUUUGAUCUCAUGCCCGAUCGAAGCAUUGUUUCCUGGACUGCGAUGCUCCAGGCCUACGCGGAUGCUGGGCUUGUCCAGGAAGCUCGAGAGAUCUUCCAAGCAAUGCCUGAUUGGAACGUUGUGUCAUGGAAUUCUUUGAUUGCAGCUCUUGGGCGUGAAGGAAAUGUGGAUGAAUCAAAGAAGCUCUUCGAUUCACUGCCAUUUCCAGAUAUCGUCUCGUGGAAUUCGCUGCUCCAGGCCUAUGCCCUCAAUGGAUAUAUCACUCAAGCUCGCUCCGUGUUUGAUUCUAUGCCGGGGAGAGAUGUGAUAUCGUGGACUGCGAUGGUGGCGGCGCUCGCGCAAGAGGGCGAUUUGAAAGAAGCGAAGGAACUCUUUGAUUUAAUCCCGGAGAAGAACUUGGUGUCUUGGUAUGUUCUUCUCGCGGGAUAUGCCCAAGAAGGGCAUAUCAAGGAAGCAAUACGAGUUUUUGAUCUAAUGCCGCAGCAUGAUUAUUCUUCCUGGGAAACUUUGUUCCAGGGAUUUUGCUGGUAUUUGCCCGUGGAAAAAUCGGGAGAUUUGUUCGAGGAGAUGCCAGAAGCUAGCCUCUUGUGCUGGAAUUCACUGCUUUCAUCGUAUGCCCAGGCGGAGUCUAUCUUGAAAGUGAGAGAUGUUUUUGUGAGAAUGCCGUGCCGGAACAUAGUAUCUUGGAAUGUUCUUCUUCAUUUCUAUGCAAGAAUUGGAGAUUUGGAACGCACGAGAGAGUUCUUCCAUUCGAGAAUUCCAGAAUUUGAUAUGGCUUCUCUCACCACAAUGGUGGCGGCGUUUUCACAAAAGGGGCAUUUGGAAGAGGCCAGAAGCGUGUUUGAUUCCAUGCCUGAAAGAGAUGUAGUCGCCUGGGCAGUAAUGUUUAAUGGAUAUUCCCACAACGGGUAUCUGGAAGAUGCGAAGCGUGUUUUUGAUCUAAUGCCUCGGCAUGACAUAUUGAUCCACACGACAAUGCUCUCGGCAUAUGCCCAAUAUGGGUAUAUGCUGGAAGCAAGAUUGGUGUUUGAAAGAAUGCCUUUCCGGGACAUUGUGGUGUGGAACAUUGCUAUCGCGGGAUAUUCACAGGUAGGGAAUCUCACCUUUGCAAAGAAAAUGUUUAGCGAGAUGCCGGAACAUUUGGACACUGUGUCCUGGAAUACUAUGAUCACAGCAUAUGCCCAAAACGGGCAUCUCAAUCAUGGCAUUGCGCAUUUUUUCAUGCUCCAAGUAGAAGGCAUCGCUCCUGACGAGGUCACUUUCAUGACAAUCUUGACUGCUUGCAGCCGGAUUGGUAUGCUCGCCACUGGUUUGGAGUGUUUCAUGCUGAUGCAACGCGAUCAUGGAUUGGAGCCAAGCAAAGAACACUUCAACACAAUGAUCGACAUCCUCUCUCGAGCUGGAGAGCUCCAAAACGCGAAAGAUUUGAUCAAUUCCAUGCCGCAUUCUCCAAACGAUGUGUCUCUUGGAAGUCUCCUCGGCGCUUGUGAAUUGGAUCAAAACUCCAAGAAACUGGGGGCUCAAGCAGCUGCCAGAAUGGAUCCCAAGAGCCCAUCACCGUACAUCUCCAUGGCUGGAUUCUUCGCCAAAAGCUCUAGCUCGGCUGCUUCGGUUAAAGUAACGAAUGUACGGUAG